GACAUCAGGUGCACACUGAAGACUACAAAUUAAAAAAAAAAAAGACUUUUACUAUCUGAAUGAGACUGAGCCAAAGACACAAACUCCAGCAUACAGAGGCACUCCAUCAUGAUGCUAAGACAAGUGGUCACGUUGCUGGUGGUGCUGUUACUGCCAGGCCUCAGUCACAGUUUUAAUCCAAAUUAUGGGACAUCAGUCACACAUCGAAGCAUCACAGAGACGGCAAUCCUCAGAAAGAUACUCGAAGUCUGCCAAGACCUUGGUAUUGCGACGAGAGGGGAUUUCACACUUACCAUUGAUGACAACUUGUCAGUGAACGCCGUCCUAAGGGCUUGUUCCAGUGAUCCAAGCUCCACUUCUCCUCUCUCUUCUGACGACUUCCAAACUGCCAUUAAGACCAUUCACAGACAUAAUACAAAGGUGGAUAUCCACUAUGCCUCCACAGCAGCACGUCAUUUUGACAAUGAAGCCUUCCAGGAAGGUCGGAAUAUCAUCACAAAAGGUCUGGUAAAUGUGAAGACUAAUGCGAUCAUUGGAAAUUUUUGGACUGGACGGAAAAUUCUUGGUGAAAUCUGUCACACCCUUCAGGAUUUCUACAGUCACAGUAACUGGGUGGAGCUUGGAAAAACCACUCCUUAUAGCACACUCAUCAAACAAGAUCAACCUCUGGAAAACUUGGCAGGUGUCAAUGUUCCAACUUGCAGGAGCUGCACAGGAGAUAACUGUCAAAACAACAUAUUGCCUGAAGUGAUAACACAACAGCUUAUAACUUCAGGUUACUUUGAAAGCCCCUCUAAUGAUAAACCUGCAGGUAAAUGCAGCCAUGGUGGUUAUUCAGAUCAAACAAGUUUUAAGGAUCCUGUGGGAGGUAUUAAUAAGGAUACACAAGACUCCAGCCAUGGUUUCCUUUACCAGGAAGCAGCAGAUCUGGCACUUGAUGCCACAUUGGAGCUACUGGAAGACAUCAGAGUAGCGGUUGGAGACAGGAACUUUCUGCGAUUCAUGGGUGUGUCCCAAUCCUCUGCGCUAUGUUUUGUGAUUGACACUACUGGCAGUAUGAGAGAUGACAUAGCUGCAGUUCGGGACGUUACUUUUCGGAUUAUUGACAGCAGGACAGGAACACCAGAGGAGCCAUCUCUAUACAUUCUGGUACCUUUCCAUGACCCAAAGUUUGGACCUGCGAGUAGUACAACUGACCCAGAUGUCUUCAAAGCCAGUAUUAACAGACUCACUGCAAGUGGAGGAGCUGGUGACAUCAGAGAAAAGAGUCUGUCUGGACUACAUCUUGCUCUAGCUACUGCUCCACCAGCAUCCGACAUUUUCCUCUUCACUGAUGCUUCUGCAAAUGAUGCCCAUCUGAAAAACACCGUUACAGCACUGAUCGAGAGUACAAAGUCUGUGGUAACUUUCAUGUUGUCAGAUGUGCUUGCUACGCGGCGAGGCCAAAGUGAUGGUCAAAAUCCAUUGACACGUAGCAUGACGCAGGCAGAGACUGAGAUAUACCGGGACUUAGCCCGGGCCUCUGGGGGUCAGACCAUCGAAGUCAGCAAGUUAGAUCUUACUCAGGCCACUGCUGUUAUAGAAGACCUAACAGCCAACGCUGUGGUGACAGUUUUCCAAGCAGCAGUUGAUCCAGGACGUCCUAUGAAUUUCUCUUUUGUUAUUGAUGCAUCGGUCAGAAACAUUAUCAUUUACAUAACAGGAGUGCAAAGAUCUCUCACCUUCAGACUCACCAGCUCAACAGGAGUAUCGCAGGAUUCAUCUCAGCCCAGUGGUCCUUUGGCAACUUUCUCCACUGUGGGAAACCUUCGCCGGAUAAGCCUGAACAGCACUACUGACACCGGGAUGUGGGAAAUCAGUGUUAACUCUAGAAGUCCAUACAUUGUUAAAAUCACAGGUCAAAGUUCAGUGAAUUUUGUCUAUGACAUUGUGGAAGAACGAGAGGGAGCCCACGGUGGUCUGGACUCUUUGGAUGGACGUCCUCCUGGAGGAAAUGUGACUCUCCUGGUCACUGUGACGGGAAGUGACACAGCAACAAUCACACAUAUGACUCUCUUUGACAGCUCAAGUAUGUCAGAGAUCCACGGGUCAGUGCAGCGGGUGUCUGUUCUCUCCUCUGCUGUUCUGAUGACAUCCUGGGUGGUGGUCUGCCAAUCGGAGCAGUCGGAGGCGGCUGACUUCAGGUCGAAGGGUUUGAAGCCGCCAGCCUUGAGGUCACGCUUCCAAACAUUCUUGAACCUGACAGCUGGACGUCCCUUUGACCUGUUUCCAGUAGCAAGCUCCCCGUACAGUAAGCCUUUGGGGAUGCAGCUGUCGUCCAUUCAGGGUCUGGUCGCCAAUGGUAAUACUGGGAGCACUACUGACAUCCUGGCCCAUGACAUUGGUCUUUUUAAGGCUGAAGGUGAGGCCAAACUCAGGCACCAGAGAGCAGGCACCAACAAAGCAGUUGAUGAGACGUUGGGGCGCUUCCUCAGUGUGGGCAACAAGAUCAGCAUCAUCAGCGAAGAGCACCUCCCUGAUGAGAACGCUCCACACCUUGGUCUUUGCUCUGAGGCGUGCCAGUCGUUAGGGGGCAACGACUACCUGGUAAGAUUCAGAGAAGUCCCUGCGAAAGAAUUUGUGGUUCGCCUCCGAGGUGAGGACAGCAGCUCCACUUCCAAGACCACAUCUGACAGAUUCCUGAGACAAGCCUCCACUCAGCUUAAGACUUCCAGUAUUUCUGUUACUGCUCAAGCUAACAGCAGCAGUAUCGAGCCAGGUUCCUCUCUCGCCAUCCCUUUCACUGUGUCCUCCAGUAUAAGUGGGAAAUUCCCAUUGCAAGUCAGCAAUGACCGCAGCUAUGCCACCACAGCACCGAACAGUGUCACCAUUGCAUUAGGCAGUGGAGGUGAGGCCAAUGGCAUGGUGACCCUAACCGUGCCGGCCAGUGCCAAAUCAGGAACAGACGUGACCGUCACCAUCGAGGUUGAAAAUGCAGCUGCCACCGAAAUGAACUUUGCUGUGCUCAGGUUUUCAGUGGUAACGCCGGUGACAGACAUAUCCAGUCCUGUGUGUCAGAUAGUGAAUAUAACUGGCAUCUGCCCAGCCUCUUCCUCUCUCUGCGCCACCACCCAGUGGGAGUUCAUCGCUAAACUCACUGAUGGCAUCAACGGCACCGGGAUUGUGACCGUGUCCCUCCGCCAAGGGAAUGGUAUUCUGAAUACUAGCAUGGAGGUGGGACCUGGGGGCGAGAACAUCACAGUGGUCACAUACAGCUCUUCGUGCUGCUCACAGAGUGUGGAGGUGGCAGCUGUGGACGGGGUGGGGAAUGUGGGGCGAUGUGUGGGACAGGCGAUGGCAAUGACUACACCUGCCCCAACUGCAACCACUGCAUCCACUACUCCAGCUUUAACGGCCUCCGUUGGAUGGCUCAUGCUCAUCAUAUUAUGCAGUCUUUUGUUCAUUAUUCUGGUGGCUUUCCUUUGUAAAUCAUUUAAAAAUAUGUUUUGCAGGCAAUAUGAUGAAAAACGUGUCUUAAAAGACUGACCGCAUAGCCAUUCUUUUCAACAAAAGUGUAACGAUUGGUUUUGGUUGGUUUUUACUUUAAAGUGUCUAAAAGCUUUGUCUAAUUAGCUUGUAAUUGAUUGAUUUAAAUAAUUACCAUUACAAGUCUUUCAUUACCAUUAAAAAAAAAAAAAAAAACAUUCUUGGACACUUAAAGCUAGGGUCGACGAUCUUGGAAAACUAGCAUGCAGCACGAAUCUUGCAUGUCCCCAAGGCUCCGCCCAGCUCCCACCCCAUUGGAGGAGCUCCCGUUGGGAGCGAACGCACUGGACGCUGAAGUGCUGCGCGCACGCGUGGAAGCACCACUCACACAGAGUUUGUGAUCGCCUAGAAUGUUAUUAACUUUUCUGACUGCCUGCACACAACGCGCAUAGGAGCGCAGCGCGCCCGCUCCGCUUCGCUCUAUUUUUCACGCGAGCGCCAAGAGCGCCUGGGCAACGCGAGCGCGCUCUGAACCAGGGCCAGUGCACGCCAUUGAAAUGUACGCGCAGGGGGCUGGUAGAACGGCGAAGGGAUUUGAUUGGUUCCUUAAGAGCGGUCCACGCCUUAUGAUUGGUUGAAUUUUUUACACUCCUGUGGCCGCUACAGUGGUCAGAUUUUUUCCGCACCUUUUUCCGUCCACAUAAUGUAUUUACUUCUCUCAGGGGGCAAGGAGCAUUUCACUCAGUAUGACAAGAAGUGCUUUUGGACAACAUCGUCUACCCUAGCUUUAAGCAAUAUAUUCUGUCUCAACAGCCUUGAGGAAACCAUGUGUAAAUGUAUGUAAACAUGUCUGAAUUUCUUAUUUAACAACUGAUCAAACCUAAUGAUCUUUAUUUCUGAUGCCUUAAAACAUAUCUGUCAAAAUGCGACCGUGUAGGAGAGCACUCUUGUACAUUUCCAUAUCUCAACACACUUGAUUGAUAAUUUGCACUUUAACAAGAUUUAGAGUUUUGGUGACACGAUUAAAUCGAGGUUUGUCUGCGGAUUGUGGGACAAUUCAUUAUUUUGAAUAUUGGACUUUGACUAUGUUUGCUUUAGUUUCUGUCUAUGAUUAUAAAUCACAUUGUGCUCUGUGUAGGAAAAGUGUGUCUUGCUGUAUAUCUUUUCGAACGUCUCUUCACAAUGUGAUUAACAGUAGUCUGCUGGUAUUUCAGUUGCCCAUCCGGCCACAGCCAGGAUC